ACGGCGUGGUGAGAUGUGUGCGUAGUUCCGGCCGUUUCGGCGUGGGGCUGUAGGGUCUCGCUGGGUGGUCGUGCCGGCAAUUGGGGAGGGAAGUGGGAUCUGCGGCCGUCUUAACUCAAACUUGUGAGGGGGCUGGAUUUCACAUCAAAAUGCCAAGUACCUCCCAAACCAGUCCUCAACAGCAACAGCAGCAGCAACAGCAGCAGCAACAACAGCAGCAACAGCAACAGCAGCAACAACAGCAACAGCAACAACAGCAACAGCAAGCACAGCAGCAACAACAACAGCAGAUCAUUGCAUCAUCUGGAGUCCCUAUCACAUUUGAUGGACAGGAGGCCACAUUCAUUCCAGCAGGGGCUCAUGGAAAUCUGGUCUCUGGAGCCCAGUUUUUGUCUGGGGCUCAGCUGGUGAGGCCACAGAGCCUGAUAGGCUCCAAUGUGGUGCAGAAUGUCGGAGGUCAAGCCAUCUCUCUUAGUCCAGCUAUCAACGAUCGACAAACCCCCACCCUGUGUGGCGCAGGUCGCCAGCUGCAGGUGCAGACUCCGAAUGGGAUCCAGCUGGUGCAGCUGCCAGUGCAGCAGAGCAUGCAGACUAUCUCAGUGCAGAUCCCCAUGUCAGCAGCCAAUGGGCAGACAGUGCUGCAGACAGUGCAGCUGCCAGUGGCGUCCGCGGGUGGCCAGCAGAUCCAGCUGAUGCCGCAGAUCCAGAUCCCGCAGUACGCGCAGAUGCUGACGCCGACGGGCCAGAUCCAGCAGGUGCAGGUGGUGCCGGCCCACCACCUGGCCUCGCUGCAGGCGGCAGUAGCCGCCACCCCGGCCGCCGCCAGCAGCCAGCCGACCAGCCUGUCCACCACCACGUCCACGACGAGCGUGAUGGGCACGGCCCAGUCGUCGGCGGCCGAGGAGGGCAAGGAGGCCGGCGCCGAGGCGGCCGGCCAGGGCCUGGCGCUGCAGCUGGCGCAGGCCGGCCUCAUCGGCGGCCAGCAGACCAUCACCGUACAGGGUCCGAACGGCACGCAGCAGCAGCUGGCCGUGUGGGCGCCGUUGCGCGUGUUCUGGGCGGCCGUUGCCGCGCGCCUGACGCGACCCGCGUGCGACCAGGUGCCGAACCUGAACGGCCUGAUGGGCGCCACGCUGGGCAGCCAGGUCAGCAUCCAGAACAUCCCCGGCCUGGGCCCGGUGCAGGUGAUCUCGGCGCAGGGCCUGCAGCAGCUGCUGCAGCAGCCCAGCCAGACGGUGCACACGCUGCCGGGCGGCGCCCAGAUCAUAGCGGGCGCCGCGGCUGCCGGGGCCGCGCCUGUGGUCGCCGCCCCGGAGGCCGAGGCCGGCAACAAGCUGAUCCAGAUGCAGAUGGUGGGCGGACAGCUGGUGGCGCAGGUGCCGCCGGCGUCGCCCGACUGCAGCAGCGGCGAGGAGGGCCCCAAGACGCGGCUGCGGCGCGUCGCCUGCUCGUGUCCCAACUGCCGCGACACCGACGGCAACAAAGUGAUCAACCCGGACAGCGACAAGAAGCGGGUGCACAUCUGCCAUAUUCCCGGCUGCGGCAAGAUGUACGGCAAGACAUCCCACCUGCGCGCCCACCUGCGCUGGCACAGCGGCGAGCGGCCGUUCGUCUGCAGCUGGGUCUACUGCGGCAAGCGGUUCACGCGCUCAGACGAGCUGCAGAGGCACAAGCGAACACACACAGGCGAGAAGCGCUUCCAGUGUCCCGAGUGCUCCAAGCGGUUCAUGCGCUCUGACCACCUGAGCAAGCACGCCAAGACGCAUCUCAAGCUGAAGGCCGGCGAGGCGGGUCAGCCGGGGUCGCCUCGGAUCCUGUACACCGAGUCGGUGUUAGAGUGUGAGGACCCGGACAGCCUUGAACAGGACAUCGACAGCCCGGACCCGAUCGGCGACGAGAGGAAGCUGCUCAUCACGAUGGAGCACCAGGCCGACCAAUCGCAGCUCGCCAUCGGCGACGGCAUGAACUCAUUGGACACGGGCGCGAUGACGUAGCGCGGCGCGGCGCGGCCGUCGGCGCGCGCGGUUGAGGCCCGACUGACCGCUGGUGCGCGCGGCCGCCUGUGAUGAUUUUACAAAUGGUACGUUUUCGGACGCGAUAGAUUUCCACGAGAUUAGAUGCAGGGCUGCAAUGGAGAGGUCUGAACGGCCCGUCGCCCCGCGAGCGGUGCGAGUGUGAAUCUCACGGGGCGCCCUGUGCCGGUGACUGGACGGCACCGGCGUGCCGGCGGCACCGGUGUGUCGACGGCACCGUUGUGGCGUGCCCACGGGCGUCACGUGAAGCAUCCGAGAGCUGCGCCCGCUCACGGUCGCCUAGAAUCAACGCUCAGAUUGGAUUCGUUGGCGCUCUGUAUACUUUUAUGGGAGAACUCGCUCUUUUUAUACAUUUUGUACCGUAGGUUUUGACAACUCGCAUGCCAUCCGGGCGUGGACGUUGUUUCUACGCGUGCUGCAUACAAGUACAAUGCUGUGGCAUGGUAGUAUUUAUUUUUAGGCAUUAUUUUGUGUUGAGCCCCACCCGUCUUGCCGCAACGAGUGUGUAACUCCUGGAGUUGACUGCGGCUACUAUUCCGCUGCUUUUGUCUGCUGGCUGUGGGGGAGAGCACAAUGUACAGUUGGUUUUGUCUUUCAGUAGGAUGAUACAUGUACUGCUGACCAUGGAUGGCCGGUCAUGUACCCUGAGACGUGCGUGGGCGCCCGCCUCUAUCACGCAUCCCGCUCGGGGAGCUCCGUGGUGGCUGGCGAUGUUUUGGAAAACGACAAAUUGUUUAUUACAAAUUGCCACUGAAUACAGCUGUGAACAGCUUGUUUGCCGGUUCGGGUCGUGGUUAGCGGGAUGUUCGUCUGCGUUUCCGGCGCGCUUUAAGCAAAUCUGACAAUGCAGGCUCGUUUCAUUCUUGCGUUUAACGCAAUGCAGUGCCGCGAUGCGGCAGUUUCCUUGGUUUGUGCCUUAUUGUGUGUGUUGCUCGUGAACGCAUGGCUCUACAAUACAAACCACGCAUGCGGUUAAGUAUAGGAUGUCUGAUAAAAACGGCCGAGGUGGAAAUUACGUCUAUUUUCCGCGGUAAGAACAAGGCAAGCUAUUUCGUGCAUGCCAAAAGAAGCCGCACGUUGUGUGGAGCGCGACUAGUGCCGCUCGCCGGUUAAGGAACCAUAUUCUGCGAAUAUCGUCGCUGGUGCCGCAGCCAUGCAUUCAGCGAGUUAACCCGGUGCAGAAUC